CAUAACAUAACGAACGGGUGGUAGACUCAGAAACAAACAGGGCACUGAGUCACCGAUGCAACUCAGCAGCAACGUACUGAUUCCGGCGAACAAACCCCCAAGACCGUUAUUCUUCAAACCCCGAUUCUGCUCCAACCCCAACUCGCCCGAGUCGAACUCGCUCCAAGCCGAGACCCUCAAGACUCUAGAAUGGGGCUCCGUGUGCAAGCAGCUCUCGGCGUUCACCUCCACCUCCAUGGGCUCUGCCGCCGCCCUCAACGCCCGCUUGCCCAUCGGCCGGACACGCCGCGACAGCCAGAGGCUCCUCGACCAGACCUCCGCCGCCAGACUCGUCGCCGAGCCCCUCGACUUUUCCGGCGUCCACGACUUGACGGAGAUUCUCGGCGUCGCCACCUCCGGCCACUUGCUGACCAUCCGAGAGCUCUGCACCGUUCGCCACACGCUCGCCGCCGCCAGGGAACUGUUCGAUGCUUUGAAACGCGUCGCUUCCGCUUCUAAUCAUCCACAAAGGUACUUACCCCUUCUCGAUAUACUCCAAAAUUGUAAUUUCCAAGUAGGCUUGGAGCGUAAAAUAGAAUUUUGCAUAGAUUGCAAGCUUUCAAUAAUUCUUGAUAGAGCAAGUGAAGACCUGGAGAUCAUCAGAUCAGAAAGAAAGAGGAACAUAGAAAUUUUGGAUUCUUUGUUGAAGGAAGUAUCUUCCCAAAUUUUUCAGGCAGGGGGAAUUGAUAGACCAUUAAUAGUUAAGCGUCGAUCUAGAAUGUGUGUGGGAAUUAGGGCUUCACAUAGAUAUUUGCUUCCAGAUGGUGUAGUUCUGAAUGUUAGCAGCUCUGGGGCAACUUACUUUAUGGAACCCAAAGAUGCAAUAGAUCUGAACAACUUGGAAGUUAGGCUUUCAAGCUCUGAGAAGGCCGAGGAAAGUGUAAUUUUGAGUAUGCUUGCAUCUGAAAUAGCAAAUUCAGAAUCAGAUAUAAAUCAUUUAUUGGAUAAAAUUCUUAAGGUUGAUCUUGCUUUUGCAAGAGCUGCAUAUGCUCAAUGGAUGAAUGGGGUAUGUCCCAUUUUCAGCUUAGGUAAUUUUGAAGGCCGUGAUUCCGUUGAAGAUGAUGAUGAUACCUUGGUCACACAAGAGGAUGACGAUUUAACAGUAAACAUUGUUGGUAUACGACAUCCAUUACUCCUGGAGUCCUCUCUAGAGAACAUUUCAGACAAUCUUACACUAAGAUCUGGAAAUGCUGCUGAGUUUGGUAAUGGAAAUGGAACAAUGGCUUCUAAAUAUACGCCACAAGGCAUAUCAGACUUCCCUGUGCCAGUUGAUUUUAAAAUUGGACAUGGAACUCGCGUGGUGGUGAUCUCAGGUCCUAAUACUGGAGGGAAAACUGCUUCCAUGAAAACAUUGGGCCUGGCAUCACUUAUGUCAAAGGCUGGGAUGCAUUUGCCUGCCAAGAAAAAUCCAAAACUUCCUUGGUUUGACCUUAUCCUUGCAGAUAUUGGAGAUCACCAGUCCCUUGAACAAAAUCUCUCAACUUUUAGCGGGCACAUAUCACGUAUUUGUAAGAUUUUGGAAGUGGCCUCAACACAAUCACUUGUUCUCAUUGAUGAAAUUGGUGGUGGAACUGAUCCUUCAGAAGGUGUUGCUCUUUCUGCCAGUAUCUUACAAUAUUUGAAGGAUCGUGUUAACUUGGCUGUUGUAACCACUCAUUAUGCUGAUCUGAGUAGUAUGAAGGAAAAGGAUACCCGUUUUGACAAUGCAGCAAUGGAAUUUUCACUUGAAACAUUGCAACCAACUUUUAGAAUCCUUUGGGGAUGUACUGGUGAUUCAAAUGCGUUAAGCAUAGCACAAUCUAUUGGCUUUGAUAGAAAUAUAAUUGAUCGUGCACAAAAAUGGGUAGAAAAGUUUAAACCAGAACAGCAGCAAGAGCGGAGAGGAAUGCUCUAUCAGUCACUACAGGAGGAAAGAAACCAGUUAAAGGCUCAGGCUGAAAAGGCUGCAUCUGUUCACGCAGAAAUUAUGAGUGUGUACAAUGAGAUCCAAGGGGAGGCAGAAGACCUUGAUCAACGUGAGAUGGAACUUAUGGCAAAGGAAACACAACAGGUUCAACACGAGCUAGAGCAUGCAAAAUCUCAGAUAGAAACUGUGAUACAGAAAUUUGAGAAGCAACUCAGAAUUUCUGGUCGUGAUCAACUCAAUUAUCUUAUUAGAGAAUCUGAAUCUGCAAUUGCCUCCAUUGUAAAAGCUCAUACUCCUGCUGAUAGUUUUCCCAUCAAUGAAGCUGAUCGUGCUUUGUAUACUCCACAAAUUGGAGAGCAAGUCCAUGUAAAGGGAUUGGGGGGUAAAUUGGCUACUGUGGUAGAAUCGCCUGGCGACGAUGGAACAAUCAUGGUACAGUAUGGUAAAGUGAAAGUUCGUGUUAAGAAAAGUAACAUCAUAGCUAUUCCAUCUAGUAGAAAGAAUGCUGUAACUAGUUCUUCUUCCACACAUCAGGGGAGGCAGAGUUUGCGGAAUGGAGAAUACAGGGAUAAUGUAGACAACAAAACCAACGAUGAUAUUUCUUAUGGUCCAGUGGUGCGUACAUCUAAGAAUACUGUGGACCUACGAGGUAUGCGAGUAGAAGAAGCUUCUAUCCAACUUGAGAUGGCAAUUAAUGCGAGUCGGCCAUAUUCGGUUCUCUUUGUUAUACAUGGGAUGGGCACUGGUGCUGUUAAGGAGCGUGCACUUCAGAUUCUGCAAAACCACCCACGUGUUACCAAUUUUGAACCAGAAAGUCCAAUGAAUUAUGGUAGUACUAUUGCUUAUGUCAAGUGAAGCCUCAUUGCCCUGGUGCAAUAAACAAUGUCAGGUGGACGAGACAGAGCAAGGUAACACAAGCACAACUAAUUAACGUACCGUGCAUGCAAGUUGCCACCAUGCGUUUACCGCCGUCGCCGCAAUUUGUGCCAAGGAGCGCUCCGGCGUCCACGCUGUGGAGGAAGCCGUCAAGAGCGUCAUCGGCUCUGUCUACGAAAAGUUCCACCUCGUUCCUGACGAGCUCGUCCGCAUCGCCAACCGCAACCCCGACCGCUCCGGCGCCGCCGUUCACCGGCCUACCCCGCCUCCCAAGACCACCGCCUUUGGCAUUGCCGGAGCCGUUUACGCCGAGUGCGAGCUGGCGGCGAAGGAGCUGUACGAGAGGUACGAGGGCAAGGCGGAGCAAUGCGCGGUGGCAGCGUGGCAGCGGCUGUUCCCUCGGGUGCCGAAGGCGGCAUAUUGGACGGAGAAGUACAACAAGAAAGUUGCGGCAGCGGCGGAGAAAGGUUGUAGGGUUUCGGCAUUGGUUGCUACGGAGAAGAUAGCUAAGAUGUUUAGUGAGAAACGAUCAUGAACGGCCAACUUGUUGAUUUAGUUGAUAAAGGUCAAGUUCAUAUUAUAGAUAAGUUUGAGUCUCAUUGACGUGAAGACUUUAUUAAUCGAUAAUUGUAAUUAUAUAUUUGUUCUGCUCUUAUUUAUAUAAAAAAAUCAAUAAUUUUUUUUAUUA